AUGAUGUUCGACUUUUCAAAGUCUGCUGGAAGUCUGCAAGUGACAUCAAUCAAGGCUACAUUUACUAACUUAUCCACUAACAUCUACACUGAUUUCCUAUUCCAGGCAGCAGUUCCCAAGUUUCUCCAGCUGCACCUUGAUCCAACUAGCAGCACUAGUCUUCCUGCCAAUGCUAAUGGCUCCAUCACUCAGACUAUGCGAGUUACUAACAGCCAACAUGGGAAGGUUGUUUACUUUGGUCUUCGCCUCUUUCAGCUCCAACGAUAUUUUAAUAUGUUCAUAUGGAUAUAUUAGUUUACCUUAAUGUUAAUUGUUAUUUAUUUGUACUAUAUCUUGUAUUUAUGAACAAAAAUAUUAGAAAUAGAACUUUUAUCUACAUCUAAA